UGUCGUUUUUAUUACAUUUUUUGAUAAAUUAUUAUUCUACUUUCGAUACGGCGACGAUCCAAAGGCCUUAUCGAUUUUCCUAUUUAGCGCGCGACUGUAUUUUGUACUUUUUCGAAAGGUCCACGGCGGGGCGUCUAGGCGCUUUCGAAAAACAUAAAAAUUUUCACAGCGGGCGAACGUACGUGGAGCGCGGUGCCGUAAAUUGCUAAUAAUUCCGUUCAUUAGACAGUAAUACAGUGCCCGAAUAUGGGUUAGCGGUAAGGAAUUCUGAGAUCUUGCGACCAUUGACUUCUGUGAUAUUUAAAUUGUUUGUUUGUGAGUGUUUUCUAUUUGUUUGUUUCGUAGUUGUGUUGAGUGCAUUCCGCUCGUGAAAGUGUACGUUAUAAUUGUGUUUUUGUGAAACGGAUGUCAUGGGAAUGUUUUUUACUGGUUGGAAUCAGAACGUCUAACGCCUGGAUACGGGCGGCGGAGCCGGAGGCCCGCAUGAGCUGAGCACUCGAUACUUGUAACAAUUGACUCUAUGCCAACCACCGAGAGACUACAUUCCAAGAACCUGAUAGUACCUAAUCUGAAAUAUUAUUAAAAGACAUUAUACAAAAAAAAAAUACGUUUCGACCAAAAUUUUGUACCAAAAUAUACAAAAAUCGAAUCGUGAACCUGCCUUCAUACCAAAGCCUUGUAGAUUUAUUUUGAGGGUGAAUGACCCGUGUACAGUCAGACUCGACAUAGUCGUAACAGGCGGUACAGUCGAGUACAAUAAAGAGUGGACCCAUGAACUGGGCGAGCUUAGAACGAGUGUACUGCUGAGGGUUGGAGUUCAAUGAAGAUGAUGCCGCAACAGUAUUGCCUGAGGUGGAAACACCAUCACUCCAACGUGCAGAAUAUGUUCGCACAACUUCUAGAAAAAGAGAGAUUUUGCGACGUGACACUAUACUGCUCGCCGAACUUCGCCACACAAGUGCCCAACAAAGACACAGUCGACCCGCAGAAUAUAAGAGGGGUGUCCCUCAGGGCGCACAGAGUGGUGCUGGCAGCAUGUUCGGAGUUGUUGGGCGCGUUGCUGGGCGCCCACGAGGCGCAGGGCGAGCCGGUGCUGGUGAUAGACGGUGCGGAGCCCAGGCAUCUGAAGGCACUCCUCGAUUACAUGUACACCGGCGAGAUGAACGUGCACCACUCCCAGCUGGCGAGUUUGCUUAAAACAGCAGAAGAGUUGCGGAUCAAGGGUCUCACGGAUAUCCGGUGGAACAAUAAGGAUGAGCCGCCCGACUGCGACACAGGUGUAGUAACAGCGGUGCCAACAAACGAAAAGAAAAGUACAGAAAAAGAGAAGCAAUCGUCACCGAAGCACACGACGGCGAAGCAUACGUCACCGAAGCUGUCGCCACCGAAGCAGACGUCGCCGAAGCAUGCGUCUGAACCGAUGGCGGAACUGCGCGCGUACAUGAAGAAAGAAGAUAGUGAUACGGAGAUAAAGCAGGGGGAGAAGUUUAGUGUUAACGGUGGACCACCGCCGUUAAUAAAACUGCCCACCAAGGACAAAACCAGUCCUGCAAAACGGGAUCGCUCAGAUUCUGAAUCGCCAAGUCCGAAGCGACGUCGGGCUACAAGCGGCACGGAACAUACGGAUGACGAUUCCGUGUCACAUAAAUCGGAUCGAGAUCAGGAAUGGCAACACGGAAACCUGGACAUAUCGGCGGAGCGCGUGGAGGCGUGGGGCAUGAACGCGGAGCCGGCGCCGGCGGCCGACUGGUCGCGCGACGCGUCCGACGACGAGUGGGCCGACGCGCCCGCAGACAUCGGCUCGUUCCUGCACACGCGGCUGCGCGUCGACGGCGACAACAGCGCCGAUGAGGAGUCGAACGAGAGUGCCGCGGCGCUGGCGGCAGCAUCCGCACCCUCGUCGUCAUCCUCUGCGACGGCGUCAGAACUCAAGAUGGACUAUAUCAUUGGCAAACGACCCAAGUCGGGCCCAUCGGAUCCCAGAUUCACGGAUGUGGUGAAGCUGAGCGACUACCUGCAGCACGGCCGGAGACCGCAGUUCUGGGAGGAAAACUACGUCAAAAGGGUGAUGGAAGCGGUCCGUGUGAAGGAGUUGGAGAUGAAACAAGCGGCUGAGAUCUUAGGCGUGAGCUACGGCACGCUGUACGGACGGUAUCGAGACGUGUACGGAUGUAUCAACAGACCCUACCGGACGGCGCGCGACUUCUGGCAGGCGAAGGGCCCGUCGGAGGUGCUGGACCGGCUGCAGCGCGGGGAACUGUCGCUGGACGCCGCCGCACUCGCGCUCGGAGUCAGCAUCGCCAACCUCUCCGCGUACAUCACGGAGGUGCCCCCGCUGGAGAAAGAGUUCGAGCCGAUCCCGAUCGAGAUCGACCCGUCGCUGAAGCUGCGCGCGCGCACCUACAGCAGCAAGCCGCCCCCCCGCAACAAGACCCCCGCACCGCCGCCGCCCGCACCGCCUACACCCGCGCCCGCAGACAAGCCGAAGAAAGUGAUAGUGGGCAGUAUAACGGACGAGGACCCCAUCCCGGCGACGGUGAUCACCACGCACGAGGGCAAAAAUGCCUUAUCGGGUAACACCACCACCACGGCAACCACAGCCACCAGCGGCAAAUGGCCAUCCAUUCGCGUGGCGAGUCUAGACACCCUCCGAGGGGGUGGUACGGGGGGCGGCAGUACAGAGCCGGCGUCACCCUCGCAACUCAUGCGCUCCCGGCCCGACCUCACCAUAGUGGCCGCCCGGAGACCAGACACCAAACGCGACGACAACGGCACGUGAUCCCAGCAACACGCACAGACGAGCGAGUGAAUUCAAAAUGGCGGAUUUUGUCCACAAAAUGGCGGACCCAGCUUGUGAAAUGGCGGACUUUUAUUCACAAUUUGAAAUAUUGUGCCGCGGAUGAAAUCUGCAGUGUUGAAUUCGUUUAUUUUAGACUUGUUAGUUUUUAUUGUAUUAUAUCAACGAGG